AUGGACGCGUCCGCCGCUGCUCCCGACGCCGCUCCGCCCCCUAUCCCGACCCGUCACCACCACGUCGCGCCCUCGUCUCCGCCCCAGCACGAACACCAACAUCAUCACCACCACCAGCAGCAGCAGACCCCCCAUCGCAGCUCCCGCGGCGCUCGCUCCCCGCCCACCUCGUCCCGUCGCCCCGGCUCCAGCGCCGCCAUCCCCCCGGCCAGCCCCGAGGUCAUUUCCAACCUAAUCACGAGCCUCAGCGUCAUCUCGCAGCCCGCAAACUCCCACUUCGAGUCCCUCUCCCUUCCUUCGAGCCCGGCCCUCAGCGGCUCGGCCUCGGGCGGCAGCUUCGGCGUCGACUACGGCGCCUACAACCGCCCUGCGCGCGACAAUGAUGCCAUCCACCGGCCCCUCUCACUCGACGAACUCGCCGCGAGCCCCCCCGUCGUCCGCACCUCCAAGCCCCCGAGCGGCUUCUCGCCCUUGACCGCCCCCAAGAGCCCCAGAGCCUCUGCCCACCGCUCCUCCAGCCACGAGAGCAUCACCGGCGGCCUGCGCUCCUUCAUCCGCUCCGGCAGCACCCACAACUCGCGGCCCUCCUCCCCAGGCUCCCUCGGCGGCGACUCGGCCGCUAGUAUCGGCAACCUCUCCAUCGAACGCGGCUCCGCCCUGUCCCCGGACCUCAAGCCGCGUCGCUCCCACGACAGCUGGGGCAAGAAGGCGAACCGCAACAGCAAGGGGCUCAUGUACAUGAGCUCCAAGGAGCGCCUUCGCGAGCGCGAGCUUGACCGGAAGCGCGCCUCGGGCAGCGCCCCCUCGACGUCGGGAACCAACGCUGGCAUGGCCGAGCCGGGACCUGCUAGCCCCACCGGCGAGUCCAAGCUCGCCGCCGCCGGUGCGUCCCGCGCCGACCCUUUCCUCGCCGGCACACCCAUCAGCGAGGAGGAGCCCGCCGGCGACCAUGGGGGGGCAGAGCCCGAUGUAUCCCUCGGGAGCCCCAAGCCCAUUCCCGUGCGCGAUUCGAGCCUCAGGAAGACGGGCUCCAAGCACCGGAAGAGGACCAGCGCCAGGCGGUCCAAGCGGGACGGCGAACUGGUGCGCGACGAUGCCAUAAUCGAGGCCGACGAGCCUGAGCGGAGUCGUGACAGCGCCCCCAAGGGCCACGCUCGUUCAGAGUCAGACCAUGGCCUGGCCACGGCACGGUCCUUCCUUUUGGACGACGAAGAGACGGCGUCACCCCCGCGGGCGGCAGGUCAACGCGGCCUGGGCCUGGACCAAGGUGCUGCCGACGACGACGAAGACGGCGCGCCGUAUCCCGCCAUCUCGGGCGGCCGUCGCCGGAGCGAGCAACACGACGAGCGAAGCACCAGCCGCCUCUCUGGGCGGCUCAGCCCGGGCCCCAAGGAGGCGCUCAGGCUCACGCGCAGCAGCUCUCGACUCAAGCGCCUCUCCAACGGACCCCGCAGCCCCCGCGAGCCGCGAAGCGGCUUCACCUCUCCCGAACCGCGUGAAUCGCAGCCGAACCCCACCCCGGCUGCCGCUUAUGAGCGACCGGACUCGGCAGAUUCCAUCGACGACGCCGUCGAGUCGUACCUGUGCUCGCCGCGGCUGUCGCAACGCCUCCGCCACCCGCAGACGGGCCGCGUCAUAUCGUUUUCCGAGGUCGGCGAUCCAAACGGCUCGGCCGUCUUUUGCUGUGUGGGCAUGGGCCUCACGCGAUACAUCACGGCCUUUUACGACGAGCUCGCGCUCACGCUCAAGCUACGCCUCAUCACCCCGGAUCGUCCAGGCGUGGGAGACAGCGAGGCAUACUCGGACGGCACGGCCACGCCCCUGAGCUGGCCUGAUGACGUGUACGCCAUUUGCCAGGCGCUCAAGAUUACGAAGUUCUCCAUCCUUGCCCACUCGGCGGGCGCCAUCUACGCGCUCGCUACGGCGCUGCGGAUGCCUCAGCACAUCCGCGGGCGCAUCCACCUGCUCGCGCCCUGGAUCCCGCCGUCCCAGAUGAACGUCUUUGGCACGUCGGUGACGUCUCCGCCGACCAACGCGAUACCGACCUCCCAGAAGAUCCUGCGCGCCCUGCCUACACCGUUCCUCAAAGCGGCCAACUCGAGCUUCAUGACGGCGACGAGCAGCUCCAUCACCAGCUCGCUGCCAAAGAACGCCAGGCGAACGAAGAGAAAGGCAGGCACUGGGAAGGACGCGGGCAGCACGCCGACCCGCAACGUGACGCCGGUGAUGGACAAGGAGAACGUGGCGUACGGCGCUCAAGGCAAGGACGUAGGCGUCCGGCCGGAGUCACUCGGGCCGGCGGAGAAUAUGGACCGCAUGCAGGUGCCGAAGAACAUGGGCGGCAACGGCAGUCCGUCCUUUAACGUCGCCACGCGGGAUGCCGCCGUCGAUAAGGAGCGGCAGGUGACGUACGACGUGCGACUCACGCAUGCCAUCUGGGCCCUGGCGACGACGGGGGCCAACCCGGCCGUGGACCUCCUCGUGUGCCUCGAGCGGCGGCACACCAUUGGCUUCCGCUACGUCGACAUCACACGACCGGUGGUGAUUCACCACGGCAGCCGCGACACGCGCGUGCCCGUGGAAAACGUCAAGUGGCUGGGCAAGACGAUGCGGCGGUGCGAGGUGCGCGUGCUCGAGGGCGAAGGCCACGGCCUGAUGGCGAGCGCGACGGUCAUGGGAUCGGUGCUCAUGGAGAUGAGCAAGGAGUGGGAGGACUGGAUGCGCGCGACGGGCGCCGACGGGCGCAAGGAGGCCCGGCCGCGAAAAGGCACGUUGGGGAGGUAA